GUUUUCAUUCUUUCGCCCUUUGCUCUUUUGUACCAACAUCAUUAGCUAUCCUUGAUGCCUCGCGACGAAGAUGACGCUAUCCUAUCACUCGAAGGGUUCGCACUCGAAGGUCUGCUUACUGAUCUGCACCCCGAAGCGUUUUCCGGUUUACGUGGACAACUUGGUCUCAGUCAUGCAAACAUUGGAUACGGUCGAGAGGAUCUCUACAACGGGAAGUUUGCUGACGAUGAUCCAGAUAUCCCGUCCAAUCAAGCGGAUGAGAAUUCUCGGAUAGCUCGCAGUAGUCUCUUCGGAUCAGGUAGUGGAAGAGACUGGGAAGAUGAAGUAGACAAAGAGUUUCAAGAGGACAAAGAUCGACUAGUCUAUGGCGGACGAGCUCCGAUCAAUAAAGUUAGAGGAGAAAUUGAUGAUUAUGACGACGACGAUGAUGAGGAAGAGGAAGAAAGUCUAGCUGCCGAUAGUCCUCAAAUGUAUCGAAAGGAUCCAUCCAAUCGACAGGGACUUCCUAACAUCCACUCAUCCUCCACGGCUACCUCUUCAUCUCCUGGACCUACAACGAUUUCGCCAAUGCUUCCCAAGCCCCUACGACCUGAGCAAGUUGACCUCGAGACCUUGUUCCCCAGCUUCAUCCCCCACACCGUCCUUGAGUUCACUGAGCUCUUCUCCACUUUGCCUCGUAAGCGACAAAAGACCUCGAGUGGUUACGUGAACAUACGAUAUCCACAACCUCCUCAGCAGCACAUUUCCACCAUCAAAUACCUCGAUGGCACGGUAUCAAUCCCAGUUUCAAAGACUUCUCAUCAAUCUAAAUUCCCACAACUACUCGAAGAAGCAUAUAGGGAUCUCAUUCACAAACUUCCACCUGAGAUACCUGUGGCAUAUGAUACAAUGGAGACUGAUGGCAAGGGCGAUACUUCUGAUCACGAACUUGAAGCAAUUACGCAGGCCAAUACGUCGCGGGGUGCUACGCCUUGGAAGCUGCCAACGGACGAACGGGGUUGGGAAGCAUUGACUAUGGCAGACUGGGAGGACGGUAUUGUAUGGCAGCCUGAGGUUUCGCAGAGCAAUUCCUCAGCCCGACCUCUUGAUACACUCACUAGAUUGACACGUCCGCGGAAUCGCGCAAUCGAGGAAGGUGACUGGCUAAGAAGUGUAAUAUGGGACGCGAAGAAUGGAACGUGGAAGGACUUUACUGGUUUGGAGCUAUUGCCCCAAGAUGUUGAAAAGGAUCCCCAACCUCCAGACCCACUUGCAACUGUGAUCGAUAGCUCACUUUCUCCACAGAAGCAAUCAUCUACAGCAAAAGGUAAUCGGCCACAAUCCCUGGAUCCAUUCAAUCUUUCCAAUGACCGCCUUUAUGAAGUCUCAAAAGAACAACGCCGUCGCGUCCGCCAGACGUUCGGAAACCUUGAAGUCCAGCAUUCAUACCCAGCGUUGAAACUUCACUUUCCAUUGUACAAGACUCGGCUCACUAAACACGAAGCCCGUUCCUUCCACCGACCUGCCCUACAAUUUCCACUCAACAUUCCCAUCAAAUUCUCUCGUGUCAAGAUCGCCAAAAAGAAGAAAGAUAAAACCGGUCGUAAGAUACGCAAUACCGCUGUUGCAUCCGAGUUGCUCAAAACUACUGCGGACUUGACGUUGAAAGAUACGGGUGCAUUUAUGUUGUUUGAAUAUUCCGAAGAGGCGCCACCUGUAAUCUCAAAUGUAGGCAUGGGAAGUAUACUUGUGAAUUAUUACCGAAAGAAAAAUGCUAAUGAUGAGUAUGUGCCGAAAGAUGAUCUAGGUGAACCAUUUGUGCUAGAUGUUGCCGAUGCAUCUCCAUUCAUGAAGUUUGGCAGUAUUCCACCCGGAGAAACGGUUCCAACACUUUAUAACAACUUAGUACGCGCUCCAUUGUUUAAACACAAAGCAAACGAGACAGAUUUCCUAGUGAUCAAGAGUGUGACAGAGACAGAAACAAAUUACUAUAUAAGGGCAAUCGAGAAUGUCUUUGUGAUCGGUCAAACGUUCCCAGCUGUCGAAGUUCCGGGUCCACAUUCUCGAAAAAUCACGAACCUGACUAAGCUCAGACUCCAUAACAUUGCCCAGCGACUCACUGAGAGAUCGACUGAUUCAAGACUCAAAAUUCAAACUUUGAUGAAAUAUUUCAACGACCAAAACGAAUUGCAAAUGCGACAGAGGCUGAAGGAAUUCAUGGAGUAUGUUCGCAGAGGUCAAAAUCAAGGAUACUGGACAAUGCGAAGCAAUUUCAAAUUGCCGGAAGAUUUGCUCAAACUCUCCACCCCAGAAUGGGUUUGUUUAGCUGAAAGUAUGCAAGUAGGGCAACGUCAAUUGUUAGAUGCUGGUUAUGGUAAAGAUGCAGAUGCAGAAGGAGAUGGAGAAGACCAGAGUAAACUAGAUAUUGAACAACAGCUUGCUCCUUGGAGUACAACUAAGAACUUCCUACAAGCAGCUCAAAGUAAGGCAAUGUUGAGACUUUAUGGUGAAGGUGAUCCUUCAGGUCGAGGGGAAGCAUUUAGUUUUAUCAAGGUCUCGAUGAAAGAAGUUUUUCUAAGGUAUGGAGAAACUAUGGAAGAUCGACAAGCUGAGAUCGCUGCGCGGCCAAAGUCGACUCACAAAAAUAGUCAUAACGAGCAGCAAGAUGUUUACCAGCAAGAAAUCGAAAGAAUAUGGCAUUCUCAACGUAUUGCACUUAGUAAUCCAAUUCCACCUCAACUGACCCAAGAAGAUGAACUGAGGGCUCGUGGGCGCCAUCCUCAUUCAAUAUCACAUCAACACCAUCAUCAUCACGGUCCCGACACGCCCUGGUCGGCAGGAGUGGGGACGCCGGUCGAUUGGUCAAAUUCACGCCGUUCAAGAUCUCCUUCCUCUUUUAGCCGUCAAUCGUCCCCCGAAAGAGAUGAUGGGAUGAGCAUGGGUAGUCGACACAACGUAGUAGGAGCAAACAAGGCCUUGAAAAUUCGUCGAUUGAUUGAUGGGAAAUGGCGGACUGAAGUAGUACGAGAUCCGACAAUUGUCAAUGCCUAUCUACGCCAACGUCGAUUGAUAGACGAGCAAGAAUCUUCGACUGAAGCUCUCAUGCCUAGUGAUGAUCCAGAGAAGAAUCGCAUGGCAAAGAAACGGAUCGAAGAAGUGUUAGCCAAGCUCAAGCGAAACCAAGAGCGUAGAUUAGCCCGUAAGAAUGCAAAAGAAGCACAAGCUUUGUUAACAUCAUCUACAAUUACAAAGCGACCUAGUAUCAUUCCAGCUGUCACGCCUACCAUUCAGUAUCCUGAAGGCUCCAGGGGUCCAGUAAGAAAAUGUGGAAAUUGUGGCCAGGUUGGUCAUAUGAAAACUAACCGAAAGUGUUCAAGAUGGCAUGAGUUUUACGGUGUGAUUGGUGGAAGUGGAACUCAAACAGGUGACGAGUGAGUGUAUUUGACGAGUCAACGAGAGUGGAUUGCGUUUUGUCUUGGGUAUCUCUAUGUGACUUGAAAAUUUCAAGGACUGUAGAAAUCACUGUAAUAAAUACGGUCACUGACCCAACUGCAUAUAAGAUAUGGAUAAAUAUCUUCACCACAUACAAAUCAGAAGUAAUGUGAAA